AACGGAUUAUUACCUUAGGUAUCCACUGAUCAGUUACAUUGCAGAAGCGACGGACAUAAUAACACAGGGCAAUCCGCGAUUCAGGAACAUUGACACUCGCAAGCCCUUCAAGUGAUCGGAAUCUAUGAUGUAUUUGCUGUUGACUUGGAUAAAAUGUUUUCACCAAAUUGCAAGAGGAAAAACCAUCUUCAGUAUCUUCCUCGGCGCCUUACUUUUCAACGAAACAGCAGGCAGCAAUACUCUAGAGGGUGAAAAAUAUACCUGUGCCACAAAAAAUGUAAACUUUGAGUGUGAGGCUGCGAAAAGGGUUCCGGUCGCAUCAAACAGAGGAACAUCAUACAGGAUAAAAGACCUAAGCGCUAACAAAGAAAUUGAGAUUUAUUGCUGCAGAAACAACUGUACUGUGACAAAAAAUGAACUGUAUGGAAGAGUUCAAGUCUUAGAGACAAACCCCAUGAGAAUGACUUUCCAAAUGCUGAACUUGAAUGAGUUUCUGCGUUUAUACUGCCAUGUACACACCACAUCCGAGUAUCAUUCCACUGAGUCUCACACCAGCGACAUCACAACAGUUGAAUGUAUUCGCAGUUGUAUUGGCCAGGAUGCUUACUUGUCUUGUCAGAGUUUCCAACAAUUUCUUCAAACUCCGCAUAGUUUGGGAGCGUUCUUGAAAAAACUUGGUGGAUUAGAUAUAUCUUUCUGUGAUGACAAAGGGAAUUGCGCCUGUAUGGAAGAGUGUGGAGAGUACAAAGGCAGAUUGCAACCUGGAUAUAAAUCAGUAAACAUGACAAACAUCAAGGAGGAAGACGCUGAGGAAGAUUUUAUGUUUCAUUUUGAACACAAAGAUCCAGGAAAACAAAAGCUCAGAAAAUGUAUUUUCAAAAUCGAUGCUGUAGUUUGUUCUGGCCCACCAACUGGAACCCUAGAAGUCACAAGAAGGUCUCCAGAAGAAAAUAAAAGCAUCGAAAAAGCACAUAAUGACACGCCAGGCACACGAACCCGAGCCCCAGAAGUAGUCAUAGGAAGGUCUUUACCAGAAAAUGCAAGCGACGUCACACAACAGCCACCUAACAUCCUGCAUAACGUCACAUCAGGAACCUUUAAAGUAACAAAAACACUUGUAGUUUUGUGCUUGGUUUUGGUAAUUUCUACUUUCCCUGGAUAGUACAUGUAUGGACGUAUGGAGGGUGAAUUUAUUUUUCCAACUUAGUCAACUGUUAAGAAGAUCUGAGAAAACGGUCUGUCUUACUAAGACACAAGGUGUAAUCGAGGAAUACCCACUACAGAUCAAGAAAGGUCCACAAAGGAUCCUUUGCAUCAUCCUGGUAAUGGAGAUCUUGCGACGGAACUACCACUACAAAUAUUUCAUAUUGUUUUGUGCAUGAUUCUACUGAUAAAAACUUUGUGCAACUAUUUGGACAUGAUGUUUUUGUAAACUCGAGAGUAAAGAUGUAAUUCUGUAUCAGUUCUCUUGCUUCCCUUUCCGUGUGAUGAGGUUGAGGACCAAAAUGUCUUCCGAAUGUUUGUCUUAAACGUUCCCUGGUACGUUUACGAGAGUAACACUUUUGUACUGUGUAUGAGGGAUGGGGUGGCUUAUGCAACUUUCCACCAGACCUGGUGUUUUGUAUGAUAGCAAAUCCUCGUAGUAAUGAACACUACUUAUGUAGCUGUGAAAAUAGAGAGAAUACCCAUUGGUGCCGUAAAAUUAA